UUUUGGAGGACCAACCUAUCAGACCUCUUACAGCAGGAACUAACAUGUCCACCCAAUCAAAGGAUCAGAGUAUGAAUCUAGUACUGAAAGCAUAAGCUACAGCUAGCUAGCAUUGCAGUGCAUAAAAUGUGCUGAGUAGUUGACUCAAAGAGAGAGAAAGACAAUAGUUGAACAGUUUUGAACACAUUCAUUUCUUCAAAAAUGAAGGAGAAGCAUGAAAGAGAAAGCUAGCUAUAUUUUGUUAUAUUUUAUUUUUCACUUUCACUCACUAGUGAAUGCAGCUAGCUAGUUUAGCCUACUCAAACACCCGACUCAAACGGAGAGGGAUGCUAUGUUUGCUAGCUGGCUAUGGCUAUUCAACACUGGAACUCAUCCAAGUCAAGGAAAAUGAGAUCACUCCAGAAGGAUUAUUUUCACUUCUUAAUUCAGAACUCAAAAGAGAAAUACCAGAGGAAUUAAUUUACAGCCGACCUCUCCGGUGUCUGGACAUGGUGGCAGCAGAGGGUCAGUUCACCUUUACAGCAGACCGGCCUCAUCUCAGCUGUGCUGCUUUCUUCAUCGCUGAGCCCAACCAGGUCAUCAAUGUGGAGUAUGACAGCGUUGACAUCGACUGCAGAAGUGGAGACUUCAUCAAGGUGUUUGAUGGCUGGGUGAUGAAGGGAGAGAAGUUCCCUAGUUCCCAGGAUCACGCCCUGCCGCUGAUGGAACGCUACGUAGACUACUGCGACUCCGGGACUGUCAGGAGAACCGUACGGUCAUCUCAGAACGUUGCAAUGGUGUUCUUCCGCGUUCACACCGUCGGCAGCUCCUUCACGCUGACUGUCAGGAAACCCAUCAACCCUUUCCCCUGUAACAUCAUCUCCCAGACACCAGAGGGCAGCUUCACCAUGGUGAUACCCCAGCAGCACAGGAACUGCAGCUUCUCCAUCAUCUACCCCGUGGAGAUCAAGAUCGCUGAGCUCAGCCUGGGACACCUCAACGACUUCCCCAUCAAGAAGUCCAUGCCAGGCUGUGCUGGAGCAGGGGACUUUGUGGAGCUGCUGGGAGGGAACGGGAUGGACCCGUCUAAGAUGUUCCCAGUAGCUGACCUCUGCUACAACUUCAACGGCCCCGCCCAGAUGAAGAUAGGUUGUGACAACACUGUGGUGAGAAUGGUGUCCAGCGGUAGGUUUGUCAACCGGGUGGCGUUCCAAUACCGGCUGCUGGACCGGCAGGAGCUGCAGAGGAUCAAGGUGAACAGUGUGGAGGAUUUCUGCUUCACUGGUUGAGCUCUCCCUAUCUAUCUCUCCACCUCCUAUAUAUACCACCUAGCUAAUGGGGACCACCCAUCACUGGCUGAGCUCUCCCUAUCUAUCUCUCCACCUCCUAUAUAUAUACCACCUAGCUAAUGGGGACCACCCAUCACUGGCUGCCAAAUCUACCAUGAGACUGAUUACAGAAAGAAAUCCUGAGGAUCGCCAUAACGUUCUGUUCUGUACUCCUUUUUGAAUUUAAAGAGAUUGAUUUAUUUUUUACCUCAUUUGUUUUUUUUCUUCACUAUAUGUUAAAUGAAUUGUGGCUGGCGCUCAAGCUUAAUAAAGAGUUAUUUUGUGUUUGUGGGCAGUUCUGCUAUUGGUUUGAUUCCGUGUUUAUGUUGUCUAAGUUGUGUGAUUAUAUGAAUGCCAGUGAAAACAGACCAGUGAGGGUGUUAGCCGGGUGUUUUGGUUCACGUUCUUUACAAGGAAGGGUGUUGAAAAACUGAAUGUUUCUUUGUAUUUAUUUUGUGAGACGAUGUGUGUCGUUUUGGGACUGUGGCCGGAGGCAAGUGUUCAAUAGAGUAUGUUUAAUACAUGUUCAUUGCUGUUAUCUAUAUUUAUUUGUAUCAAACUAUUUUUUUGUAAUAAAACUGAGCUGCAUGGUUAAGCACU